GGAUAUGUGACCGGAAAUGGCGCAUGUAUCUUUGUGAAAGACUCUUGAAGACAUUUUACACUUCACAUAGCUAGCCGCCAACGGCUAACAGUGCUCGCUAAGGUACGAGCGCACUGCGUCAAACGCGCUCAAAUUCUUUUAAAUUCAUAGAAAGUUUAUGGUUUUGUGAGGCGCCGUUUAUGUACCGUAAAUUUUAGAGCGUCACAUAAACCGAAGAUGAGGAUAAGUGUUACACUGGACGAAGAAGAAUUAUAACUAACGGCGCGCAGGUGAGUUUCUGUCCAGGCACACAGGUCCAUGUGUGUUGGACCUUUGGCCUCUGGGCUCAAACUAGGAUGAAGAUGGCUGAUUCAGAGAAGACCGAUGAAUUUGUGGAUGCAGAGUGCCCGUCUGAGUGCCUUGAUGAAGCACAAUCAGCCACAGCUUCAGUUCAGGAAGAGCUUCAAAAAACAGAGACCACCACCAGUACCAGCUCACCACCAAGGGAAAAAGAGCCAGAUAGCCCUUUGCAUACAGAGGGUGAGCAGAGUCUCCUCUCGAUGCCAUGCCUGAUGAAGGAGCUCCAUCGAGACUCAGAGUCUCAACAAACCUCUACAGAGACUGACAACCCUGCAACCCGUCCUGGCUAUGAGAGUGACUCUUCAAACCCCUGCAUGCUCUCCCCCUCCUCCAGUGGCCACCUUGCUGACUCAGACACACUAUCCUCAGGAGAAGAAGGUGGUGUUCCUCCUGUAGGUGAAGAGUCUGAGAUCAUGGAAGGUGUAAAUGAUGCUGCGCAAGGAGGAAAAAGGCAAAUGACUGCCACAGCCAGUGGGGGCAGAAAGUCUAGAAGAUCGCGUUCAGAAAGUGAGAUGCCUCCCAAUGCAAUGGCUGCAAAGAAAAAUCGCUGCCAGCCCACAGCAGUCGCAGCAGGAGUGCAGGAAAAACAAACCAACGGCAAGAUGGCCAAGGUGAAAGGUCAUCGCAGCCAGAAACACAAGGAGCGCAUGCGUUUGCUAAGGCAAAAGCGGGAGGCAGCAGCGAGGAAGAAGUAUAACCUGCUGCAGGACAGCAGUACGAGUGACAGUGAGCUUACUUGUGACUCAAGCACCAGCACCUCUGAAGAUGAUGAAGAUGACACGUCAGGAGGAAGCAAGACAAUCAAGACUGAUAUUCCAGACGGGCCUCCUGUAGUGGGCCACUAUGAUAUUUCAGACACUGAUUCUAACCAGGAGAGUAUGAGUGUGGAGACAGUCCGGCCUACGGUGAUAAUGCAUGAGCUAAAAACACACAGAGGCCAGGAUAUGGCAGUUCACUCUGGGUGUGUAAGAGCUCUGAGCUCAAUCUCAGGCCACGUGGAGUCAGAGCUGCCGCACAAGGAGUGUUUGAAACACAACAAGGGCCAGACCCACUUCGCCUCCUCAGACAGUGAGGUGGAGAUUGUUGGAGUACAAGAGAAACCAAGGUGUGCUCAUCCAUGUGGAGGUGUGAUAAAGAGUUUGUCUUCCUGGAAGGAGAACUCAGUGGAGGAGUUGAACAGCACAAACCAGCCACAGCUCUGGACUAAUGUCUCCACUCAGCCCAACUGGGUGUCCCCUCCUGAAGUGGUUGACCUCACGCUGGACGAAGACACCGGUCACAAAUACGUACUCUAAACAACACCGAAGACUCCUCAGUUCUUCCUGUCACUCAUGAACCUCGUCCUUCCUGCCUCUCCUCCAUUUUAACGCUCCGAUCCUUCCUGGUGUUGCAGAUGCGGCCUGUCAACAAUUCUCAACUCCUCUCUGCUCCAUGGCACUGUUUUUUUUUAAACUCACUGUUGAACAAUCAUGUAUCGAAGCCAUUUCGCUGAAGUGAUCUCAGAGAUCUCAGCUCGUCACAGAUAGAUUUAAUCGUAAUAAAACGGCAUAGCACUUCAAGUGUAGUUGAACAUGUACAUAAAGAGGGAUUUAUCUGUUAUUGAAAACAAUAGCCUCCCCUCGUUUUAAUACCUCAGUUGCCCCUUAAUUAACAAAUGUAGGUGCAUGCAGGGUCCUACAAGGACAAAUUCAAGUCGCUGCUUGACAGCAGGUCAGUAUCAAGAUUGGUCUGUUGACCUGUUUUGCUCUGAAAUUGUAUUUUCAGACUGGAUUGAACCUUUUUUUUCCUGUUGUACCAAUGACUAGAGACAGGAACAUUUGGUCCAGUCUGAAGUCAGUUUUGAGUCUCACCACUGGUUUCAUAUACAGUAUGAGAUUAUAUAUUAUAUCAUACAACCCCACUAUGUUGGUCACUCCAGGUUAGCAGGGUCUGGGUUUUUGUAUUUUAAAAAAAAAAAAAAGAUCAUGUAAAAAAAAAAAAUCAUGUUUUUACAUUUUCUGUUUUGGAGUUUAAUGUUAAGCUUAGCUUAGCAUACUAGGAACUGGAGCAAAGGGUCUCUCCAAUAAUAUAGUUACAUAUACAUACACAGUGCUGAGCACAGGUUUUAGACCCCUGGGGUUUUGUUUUCUGCACAAAAUGUGACAAAUUACAGCAGUACAAUUCAUACAGCUCUACAUGGAAAUUCUAUUUCUAUUCAAUGUUAGUUAUAGAAAUUAAGAGCAAUCCACCACGAAAAUAGUGAUUUCCAAUAAUUGUAAUUGUGAUACUGAUUAGUGAACAUCUAAAAAUAAUUUUAGAUUUUUAAACCUCUUAGGAAAACUCAUCUUGAUGUUAGUUUCUUCUCAACCCACCUCUACAACCCAUGUACGUGGUGGAGAUGUUGUACUGGCAGGAACAAGUAUGUGUCUUUUGUUUAAAGAUAUGUUGGGCGACAGGAAACCCAGACCGUUUGGCCCUGUAGUGCUGACUUUUGGUUUGCAUGGUCUGGUCCGAAUGGAUGGAAACCCCUUUAAAGCUACAGGGACCCCUUUCUAACAAAUGAGGAACCGUAUCUUCCAUUGAAUACUGCAGAGCGACAUUGCCUGAAUGCCUUGAAAUGUGCACUAUUUUUUCGUAGAAUGGCAUAAAGCUUAUUCUUUUACCUAUAAAGCAGUGGAAUUUAUUAACUUAUCUAUUAAUAUUUUAAUAAUAGAUGUGACUAUAGCACACGUAUAUAAGACAGUAGAGGUGGUGUGGAUUUUUUUUUUUUUUUGUUUUUCCUGUAUGUAGGACAUUUUUAGAUGAGAUGUUUACUGUGUGGACUUCUGUGACCCUGAUCUUUAGGGUCUGCUUGUUCUUUAUGGCUGUGGUCUUUUUUUUUUGCCUUCAUGCUAUGACAUUCAAGAUCCAAGCUUCAUACAACAUUUAAAACACUAGAGGUUUUAUUGCAUCUUGACAUCUACAUCCUUACAGCAUCCAUGAUAAUAAUAAUUAAUAAUAAUAAAUUAGUCCCUUAUUCAUCCCAUAAUGGGGAAACCUACGGUGUUAGCCUUUGCAACUAACACAGGCUGCCACAGGAGGCGCCAUUAAGUAUAUGGUUGCAACUCAGCCUGCCACACAGGAGACACCAUUGCUACACUAUUGAACCACAACUUCAGCAACUUGUUUUAAUAUCCAGUGGACACAGCAAGGAACAAUCGGGAAUGAGAAAUAAACCAAAUAAAUCUAAGUAAAAUUAUGUAUUAUUUGAAAGUGGAAAAUAAAGUAAAAUAUUCUUUAUGUCAAUUUUAUUUUCUAUAUGCAACAACUACUGUAGACUCUGCGUCCUUCUCUGCUGACCACGUCUUGCACAUAUGAUUAGCUUUUCUAACCAUAUUUUAAUGGCUACAAAAGACCAGUCAAGCAUUUUUUUCAGAGGGUUGUUAGAAAACAGGGCUCACUUUUGUUGCACAUUGCAUGUCUUCUUGCAUCAUUUGACCUCAAGUCAUUUAUCUCCCUCAUAACCAGUGAUCCAACCAUGCUCCUCUUGUGUUUGUUAUUAUUUACUGCCAGUAUUUUAAAUUAAAAAGGGUAUUUGUUUUGUCGCUUCAGCACGUCCUUGACUUUCUUGAAUUUAUGUCUGUAGAACAAAAAGAAACUAUUUUGAAACUUAAUAAAUCGAGCAAUAUUUAA